CAGAGUGACCCGUCUGAAUCUCAAUGUCGACUGCCAGCACGUGCAUUGGCAUGAAUUUGUGGUAACUAUUACUUUUAUUUGGCCGUAUAUUACUCCAAAUUCUUAUCGCAACUUAUCUUGCCGAUUCUCUGAACCGAUACAGCCUUUUCACUGCCCUUUAUCUCCGUCUUAUUUGUUCAGUUCCUGACACCGGCUAGACCCCCGGCGAGUUAUCGCUCUCAUUGCUCAACAGUUGCGUUGAGAGACAGUCAGCGAUGUUUUGGCCGUAGUUUUAUCUCUGCAUAAAUUGCUUGGUAAUCCUUGCUGGCAGCUGUUUUGUAUCGUACGACUCUCCGGACGGCGCCGUACGCUUUCGAAUCCCGCCAAUCCAGUGUAUUUAUAUCCAAGAAACCAGGUCGCUGCGUGAACACAACUUUCUUCCGCGACUGUUGUGUUGUAGUACGAUAGUUUUGUGUUAUGGAAUUUUUGGUGGGCGGCCUGGCCGCGUGCGGUGCAGGCUUGUUCACGAAUCCCUUGGAAGUGGUCAAGACACGUAUUCAGUUACAGGGCGAGUUGCAAGCCCGUGGUCACUACACUGUUCACUACCGAAAUGUCUUUCACGCUUUCUACGCCAUCGCCAAGCACGACGGCAUUCGGACAUUGCAGAGCGGGUUGGCACCGGCUCUCUGGUACCAGUUCUUCAUGAACGGUACGCGUUUGGGUGCCUAUCACGUCAUGGAGGACAUGAACCUCACCAAGAAGAAUGACGGUUCGCUUAGUGUGCCCAAGAGCAUAGCUGCGGGAGCUACAGCUGGAUGUAUCGGGGCUUUCAUUGGCAGUCCGCUUUAUCAGGUGAAAGUGCAACUUCAGGCACAGUCCAGCGCCCCAAUCGCCGUAGGGUACCAGCACAAGCACGAAGGCACACUCUCUGCAUUUCUAAGGAUCUACAGGGAAAACGGAGUUCAUGGGCUCUGGAGGGGAUCAACCGCGGCGCUCCUCCGCGUGUCUUCGGGUUCGGCAGUCCAACUCUCCACAUUCUCAAAGUCCAAGGCCCUCAUCAACGAAUUUCCGAUCUUCCGAGAGCACACGUGGCUAAACGCGCUCGUAGCCAGUUCGAUCAGUGGUGUUGUAGUGGUAGCAACCAUGACACCAUUCGACGUCUGCUGCACGCGCCUCUACAACCAGCCGACGGACCCACGCGGAAAAGGGCUCCUCUACACCGGAAUCGUCGACUGUUUCCUCAAGAUCUUCCGCACCGAAGGUUUUAUGGGGUUCUACAAGGGAGUCACGGCCAGCUUCCUCCGGCUGGGUCCGCACACGGUGCUGAGUCUAGUGUUCUGGUCGGAGCUUCGCAAAGAAUACGCGCUUUUCAUUCAGCACAAGGAAGUGGAGGCCGCUUGAAGAGGCCAGAGAAGGCUGGAGUGCCCCCCCCCCCCCCCCCCAAAAAAAAAAAUGCGAGGGCAGGUUUUUUAGAAAUAAGUCUUUGUACUCUGAGGAACUUCAAAACUUGGUAUAUAUAAUAGAAUCAAAGAAAUCCGUGCAGGAAGGAUGCAGCUGUGAUGGUGAUUUUGGAAAGUACAGACUACAUGUGCAACACGAGCAAAUUUUACGGACGGACGGACGUGUGGUGUGGUUGAGCAAGCUCAGUUUCCUGGAUGGUUGGUCUUUCGAAGACGCGUUUUUCAGUUUUAUAACCGAGGAACUACACAUAUUAGACACCUCUAGUCCUAUACUGUGCGACAGAUCUGUUGUAUCUCGUUUAACGCUGACUAUCCCGUUGUGUUCCUUCCUAUGAGACGUCUGAAGAACAAGCAUCGUGAAAGUCCCUUUUGUGUUGUUCUUCUUCUUCUCGUUAGUCACGGAAGGUGUGAGAGUGUGUGGCUAUCACACAACGAAGCUGUCGUGAAUGGUCGAGGUGACUCGACCGUUUCGGAGCUAGUGGUUGCAAAAUGGCGUCGUCCUGCGGGAAACAAGUGUCGUCUCUGCACGAUUGAGAAAUGGUGUCAUUCGCGGUUGCGAAAUGUGUACAGAUGGACGUUCAUUACUCAGAUGUAGAGAAUUUGUGACAUAAUAUAUAUAUUCUUAAAAGUCACGACACGUUUCUCUAGUUUGACAUUUUUGUUGUUGACGAGGCUCUUUGCAAAAGUACGUCGCCCUGUGUGUUGAUCUCGUCGAGGAUUUUUCACGAUUUUUUUUUUACAAAUUGCUCGAUGCACGAUACCAAAGUUUGGUUUUCUUAAUACAUUGUGUGACAUAAAGCGGCUACUUGUGAUAUGAAAUGAUGCAUUUGAGGCACGCAAGGACAAUGUGUGUGAUAAAAUAUGACACAAACAUUUUACAUGAGACACGAGAUGACGCGUGCAUUUGCGUAAAAAUGUAUGCGCAAGCGAUGCAAAAUGGACGUGCGUGACCGUGACAAAAUAUCAUUAGGGCCUGACUUUUUCGGGUUUUAUUUUUGGCCGAAUUCGGGGGGUAAAUAUCGGGUGAUGUUUUUCAUUUGAAAAUUCGGGUUAAAUCCCGUUACGGCAUAUGCUGUCGUCAGGAAUUCGGGUGAUUUUUUUUUGUUUAAUAAAAAUUUGUCUUAACAUGGAACUAAUGUAUAGCAAUUUUAUCAAACUUUAUUUUAAUGCACGCUUAUGAGUGUGCCACGCGACCCGGGUGUUUUCGGGUAGAUUCGGGUGAAACCCGAAUUUUUGCAGAUUUCGUUCGGGGGGGUAAAUAUCGGGUGGAUACGGGUUUAACCCUAAAAAGUCAGGCCCUAAAUAACAUCUAUGUACGGUACAAAACCGUCUCUGCAACAAAGAACACAUCACGUGGGACAAAAAUGAUUGCUUUGGUGUUGAGCGUGGCUAACCCGUGGUGCGUAAGGUGAAGCACGUUAACAGUGCAGAUUUUCUAAGAAAGAUUUUAAGGAUUUUUAAAAAACCUUUUUGUACGUAGUAUUUGGAAUAAGGGCGAUGUUAGCAAAGAAGGUUUGGAAAUGCAAGAACAAAGUCUCUUGCUUUAGAAACAGCUAUGUUCUACACACGAUGCUGAUGCUUCCAGCAAGCUGGAUAUUUUUUCGUGUUUCCCCCACCUUUGGCACAGCCUCUGAUUAUAGAAGAGUUUCCACUCAUUAUAUUGGACGUUGUGGAAGCCUUUGCGUUUGUUUGCACAUAUUCAGUUGGGCAAUUAUUUAUGCUUCGCAGAAGCACAGGUAUGACAAAGUUGCAUGUAUGUGCAGACAGCUUUACGAAAGUUUUUUUUUUUUUCUUUUUUGUGCUACAUUUUUGUAUCGACCUGCAGGAAAAAAAAAAAGAGGCUAGUCUUGCAACUUACUGUAUAGUACUAGCGCCCUUCUGUGAAUGUGAUGUUUUUGGAAUCUACAUAUAUGUACACUGCACCUACAGCAGUAUAUGUUGGCCUAGUGAGACACUGCUGUAACUUAUUUCUGUGUUUGUUUGGUUGUAAGGUGAACAGUUUUUCUGCGACACUUUGUCCCGUGGGCAUCCAGUGGGUACCUGACUGAUAUCUGUGUUGUAAUAUGUAGUUACUGCAUUUAGUCAGCUAUAAGGCACACCGUUCUUCGAUGGUUUCUUCGACAUCCAAUCGACGUCUGGUCCAACCUACAUCCCAUGGUCUGGCGAUGUCGCAGGAACUGUGCACUGAUACCGGACGUUGCCCGGACGUCUGAGGGAUGUCUUGCGUAACGAAGAAUGUUGGCGAUUUAUGUUCCAGUACAUACAAUUACCUCUUUUGUGUGUCGUGUAAUGGCUUCAGAGGUUCUUUCUCAUGCCAAGAGAGUGCUAAAAUAAAAGAGAGUUACUAUAAUGAUCUGGAACAGAAUGGCUUGGCCUAAUUCCCUAAUGAGCCCUCGGCAGGAAUGAAUUGAGUCACGGGCUGACGAGAUGUUGGACUGAGCCGCAUCUUUAGCGGGGAAACGAAUUCUUUUUCGUAAUAUUGGUGCCCCAGACCCGGAUAUAUUUUUGCAGGUGUACGUCCAAAUGUUAGCAGUCGUUGACAAAAUGGAAGUUUUACCAUGGCUGAAUAUGUAUUUUAGAUAAUUGAGUUGUGGUACGUGAUGCUUAAAUUAUUCCUUGCUCUUACUUGUUCAUAAUCAUAGGUUAUUUAUAAUUUUGUUUAUUGGCUUUUUUUUUUUUUUUCGCGUAUAUGCGGACAAUAAAGCAUUUUUGAAGUA